GUGGCCAAUGAAAAAAGAGCAUUUCCGAGGUUUUCCGCUUUCCCCGAAGUUCUUGACAGAUUCGACUUGAGAUUGAGAGAGUUCAAGAUGGCUGCCACAGAUGGCGAUGUAUUGUAACGAGUCGCCGCUGACGAAGCUGAGAAAGGACCAGCAACAGCUCUGGAGCCGACGCAGUAGUUAAACCACUGAAGUUUGCCAACGUUUUCAACUGGGCUGGCGACGAAUAGCUAAAAAGUUGCAUGACUCUCAUCUGAGGCUUUGGUGUCAACUGUCAAGAAUAGCAUUCCCCUCUAGCUACCAUUCAUCAUGUCCUCCACCUCCUCCUACUCCUCUUCAGGAGAAACUAGUCCGGAGGAUGUCCCCAGAGGUGGGGGUACCAUCCGAGUCUUCCUCCCUAACAAGCAGAGGACUGUGGUGAAUGUUCGCCAAGGACAGACGGUGUAUGAGAGUCUAGAUAAAGCACUUAAAGUGAGAGGCUUAAGCCAAGACUGCUGUGCUGUAUUCCGCCUUCUCGAAGGUCGUAAAAGGCUGACAGAUUGGGAGACGGACAUUACUCCUUUGGUUGGAGAAGAGCUAUUAGUUGAGGUCCUGGAUGAUAUUCCCUUGACCAUGCACAACUUUGUACGGAAAACUUUCUUCAAGCUGGCUUACUGUGAUUUUUGCCACAAGUUUUUAUUUAAUGGCUUCAGGUGUCAGACAUGUGGAUACAAAUUUCACCAGCACUGCAGUAGUAAGGUACCUACCGUUUGUGUGGACAUGGACACAGUAAGCAAACAGCGUCCCUGCACGGAUGAGUAUCCUCAGAUACUAUUGCCAGAAAAUUCCCCAUCACAGAGUAAUAUAGCCUUAACACCGGAGCCUGCUGGGCUGGACCUCUUGUCCCCAACAUCAGCCUUUCACUUCCCCAUCCCUAGUGGAGAUGGCCAGUCUCUGCAAAGGCAUCGUUCUACCUCGACACCCAAUGUUCAUAUGGUCAGCACAGUGAGCCCUGCUGUUGCCAGCAUUAUAGAGGACGCAGUGAAGUUUAACAACACAAUAGGUCCUGAGCCAUCACCAAAGCCAUCCACUAGCCCGCCCUCUUUAGGUUCCCCAGGGAGAAGACCACCCAAGUCACCUUCAGAGCACAAAGAACGAAAGCCCUCCUCCUCGGAUGACAAAAAGAAAGUACAUCGAGGUGGCUACAGGGACUCAAGUUACUACUGGGAGGUCCACUCCCGGGAAGUCACUGUCCAGAAGAGAAUAGGAGCUGGCUCCUUUGGAACUGUAUUCAAGGGAAAGUGGCAUGGGGAUGUUGCGAUCAAGAUCCUUAAAGUCACAGAGCCAACACCUGAACAGUUACAGGCUUUUAAAAAUGAAAUGCAGGUCUUACGGAAAACCCGCCAUGUCAACAUUCUGUUGUUCAUGGGCUAUAUGACGAAGCCCAAUUUUGCCAUAAUCACACAGUGGUGUGAAGGCAGCAGCCUGUACCGCCAUCUGCAUGUCUCUGAAACCAAAUUUGACACGAUGAGGCGGAUUGACGUGGCCAGACAAACAGCACAGGGCAUGGAUUAUCUUCAUGCGAAGAACAUUAUUCAUCGCGACCUGAAAUCAAACAACAUUUUCCUCCAUGAGGGUUGGACUGUUAAGAUUGGUGACUUCGGUCUUGCAACAGUGAAGUCACGGUGGACCGGCUCUCAACAAGUUGAACAGCCCAGUGGAUCAAUUCUUUGGAUGGCCCCUGAGGUGAUCCGCAUGCAGGACAGCAACCCAUAUACAUUCCAGUCUGAUGUAUAUGGCUAUGGAGUAGUACUGUUUGAGCUGAUGUCAGGGACUCUACCAUACUCCAAUAUCAACAACAGAGAUCAGAUAAUCUUUAUGGUGGGACGUGGUUACUUGUCCCCAGACCUCAGUAAGCUCUACAGUACCUCACCCAAAUCAAUGAAAAGGCUUAUCAUUGACUGCCUGAAGUUCAAACGGGAUGAGAGGCUCUUGUUUCCACAGAUCUUGGUAGCCAUCGAGCAGGUACAGGAUCUGCUGCCAAAAAUUGAGCGCAGUCGUUCUGAGCCCUCUCUCCAUCGGGCCGUUCAUGCUGAGGACCUGAACCCUCUUCUAUUCCACACCACUAGGCUGAUGCCACUCUAAGAUUUCAACAUCACUAGGCAGAAAGGUUGUUUCCCUUUCUAAAACCACAGCAUUCCAGUGCCUCUGAGAGGCUUCAGCUGCUUUUGUUGCGGAACUUCAUCACUAACUUUUUCAGAGCCUUGGAGCUCCAGCACUCAAUAACACACUGCAGGAAUAAUCUUUAGGUGUUUCGUUCCAGUUUGAGUUCUUCUAAUGACAAAGACCUGCUCCUUCAGAGGGCCAUUCAUUAGCUUUUUCCUCAACAGAAUGUCAAGUUUGUUUUGCUGUACAUUAUAUUUCAAAUGGGCAUUCGACACUGUAACUUACUGGGGUGUCCAUCGUUUCAUGGCAAACAAACACUGCAGCAUCGUCGUCGUCUCAUACAUGGCCCGAUCUUGGAAGGAUCACUUUGAACAUAACCAAGAAUUCACAAUCAUAUGACAUCAAAAUCGGUGAUUCUAUUGCCCUUUUAACAAUCACGUAAAAAAGUUUUUACGCUCUAGUAAAUCUACAGUGGAGCACGAAAGUAUUUAGUCUAUCACAGACUGUGCACUUUAAAUGAUGAGAGAGUUCUGUAACAGUUACUAUACUAUAGGUACACUUAAACUGUGAGAGACAGAAGGUGGGAAAAAAAAAAUCCUGGAAAUGACAUUUUAAGAUUUUGAAAGUAUUUACAUGUCAAUUACGGUGAUAUUUUGGCUCAUUCCUCCAUGCAGGUCUAUUUUAGAGCAGUGAUGUUUUGGGGCUGUCACUGAGCAACACAGGCUUUCAAUUCCCUGUCCCCUUUGCAAAAAAAGAGCCCCCAAGCACACACCUGUGCUUUACAGUAGGUAUGGUGUUCUUGGGAUGCAACUCAGCAUUCUUCUUCCUUCAAACACCAUGAGCUGAGUGUGUGCCAAAAACGUCCGUUUUGCAAACUUCAGGUAGGCCUGGACAUGAACUGGCUUAAAAAGGAAAACACGUCUGGCACUGCAGGAUUUGAUUCCCUGUCAGGGUUCAUGUUGCUAACCCUUGUUACUUCGAUCCCAGCUCUCUGUAGGUCAUUCCCCAUUGUACUUCUGGGAUUUUUGCUCCACGUUUUCAUGAUCAUUUUGAUUCCACGGAGAUGUUAUUUUGCAUGGAGCUCCAAAUCAGCACUUAUGUGUCUGUUAUCGACGAAAUACUUUUUUCCACAAUUUCUUUGAAAUUCCUAAAAUGCAAUUUCCAGGAAUUUUCAGUUUCACAAUCUGUCUGUCACAGUUCAAGUUUACCUAUGAUGAAAAUUACAUAACUCUCAUCAUUUUAAGUGGGAGAAAUUGCACUCAGUGAUUUCAUACUUUUUACCCCACUGUACAUAACUGAGUUUCUCGUCCAUUACUUUGCCAAGAAAUAUUUACAGAUUACAUGCAUUUUAUUGUUGCCCCAGUGUACAUAACUGAGUUUCUUCAAUUACUUUGCAAAUAAUUAUUUACACAAUUUUACAUGCAAUUUAUUAAUUUACAACCCCAAACCACUAUAAAUAGACAGAUGGAGAAGCCCUAAACAAGAUGCCUUGAGCUAUUGAAUAUGUGAGCGCUAUGCAGACUUUUAAAAAGCCUUCACACGAAAACUUUUUGAUUAGCAGCCUGGAAAACAGUAGUGCGGUGAAUGUUGCUGAAGUUAAAUCUUGUUAAUGGUUAUCAAGUAAUCACUGAAAUCGCUUAAAUUUAAACCGAUUGUGUAAGUAUACAUUAAUACAGUCAUUGAUAAAUUAUCCAAAUAA